AUGGGAACCUUGAUUGGUUGACUAACUACUACGGAAGAGGAUCUCUCUGAGCAGAGUGUGCGGAUGUUUCACGUACAACGUGGAUCUCAUGCCCGAGUAUUUGAAGAUGUCAACUGCAGAUCGCGCGAAAAGCGUGGGAGCUAUCGUGGAGAGGGUCGCGAAUGUGAGGAUCGUGAUCGAGACGAUCGACGUGAAGAUGCUGAUCGAGGCAAACGAAGACGACGCCUAUCCACCUGCUACAAUUGUCACGAGGUUGCCCACGAUACCAACCAAUGUUCGAGGCCAAGGCGAUAUGGGAGACAAUCCAGACCAUCAACGUCGACUGACUCCAGGAGGCCUCGAUCGCCUCGAAGAAGUGAAUGGAGGCGUGAACCUCCCGUACAACUGGACCUGGUUAUCAAGCAACAGAUCAGCGAGCUUGGCCAGAGUGUGGCCUACAUGCGGAAACAUUUCGAGGAGGAACGUGAUAAACGUGAAGCUAAAGCACGCAGGAAGCUUGAGAAAGAGGAAGCUACGUGUCGGGAAUUGGCGAUGACGGAACAAGAAGAAGAGGAACGUCGCAUUCAUGAGAUUAAGGCCCAGAAGAAGGAGAAAAGGAGACUUGAAGGAGAAAGUCGUGCCGAACUGAAGGAGUUGGGAAUGCAGCUUACGAUGCAAGUGAGUGAGAUGGAGGACAAGUUCGUCCAUCGUAUGCGCCAAGUGGUGGCGGAGUUUCGGCCUGUUCCCUUCGACAAAGGGAAACGCGUGAUGUAUUCGGCAAAUGACGAUUAUAGCGGCCAAGAUAGUUAUACAAGUGUUACUCAAGAGUCGAGCGAGCGAACAACCGAACUCCAUAUCACAGAGAAAUGGAAGCGUGGACCUGAAUGGGCAGUCGGCGAUAGUCCUUCGAUGAAAUCCUCUGCAAAGCGGACACAACGGCAGGUAAACAGCCAGGUUGCCUUCACUGGGCGUAUGACACGUGCACGGACUAAAGUGAACAAGUCUCAUGGUUCGGCCAAGCGCAAGACUCCGCUCUCUAAACAGAAAGGACGCGCGACCUUGCUCACACCGGGUGUCUCUACACCGUGUGACAAGGGGGCUAUAGCAAGGCAUCGCUACUGCAACGCGGUUAUGACGGACCGCCAUUGGAUGUCAGUGAGUUGCAAAGAAUCUGUAAAGAGGAAGCCUCAGGAAGGUAUUCCAUAUGAAGGUAAAGUUGAUGCGAUUUUCGACAUUGUCGAUAAUCGUACGUACCUUAAAUUUGGAGACGAGCAUGUACCGUUGAAUGUUGAGCCAAUCCAGAUCGAGGAAUCUCUGACUGCCAAGGAGGUGACCGAGACGAAGGAUGAUAAGGUGGUAUGAAGUGAUGUACGAGUGCCUCACUUGUGGGUGUUGUGUAAAUUUCUUACGCAUGUGCGUUGUAAUUUUUGUACAGUGGACUUUAGGAUCG